AUGUCGCUCCACUCGACUGGUCGUCAACGUGAGCAUGCGCAAAACACUUCUGCUGGUGUUUAUCCACGGCUUCAAAGACAUUCUAUGGGAGGUAUCGUGGCUGCAGAGACACUCCUCAGUCUGGCGAAAGAGCAGCCGAUUCCUGCAUCGACCUCGAAGCUGAAUCCAGACGCACCCAAUUUCCCCUCGAACACGACGCUCAGUUCCUCAACUGGCACUUCCCGUCCGAAUCCUGCUCCAGAUGUUGGUCCUUCGAACUUCAUGUUCCCUCAUGUGCAGGGAAUUCUUGCAUUUGAUACACCUUUCUUGGGACUUGCGCCUGAAAUGAUAGCACAUAAUCUCGAAGGCGGACACAAGUUUGCAACAAGUGCAUUCAAUACCUACAACGAGGUAUCCUCGCUGUUCGGGUGGGGAGGAAAAGAUGGUUCUGCUGCAAGUGGCGCAAGUACCCCGCCAAAAGUACCGGCUGGUGCACUACCUCCUCCUGUUUCUGCCACUAAUAUGGCAGACGCUGCUGCGGCUCCGAGAUGGUCCUCGUGGGGCAAGUAUGCAAUGUUCGCAGGUGCCGCUGGCGCAGUCGCAGCUGGUGGUGCGGCAGCCCUAUAUUCGCAGCGAGAGAAGAUCUCUGCAGGUUGGGGUUGGGCUUCCUCCCAUCUAUUGUUUGUCGGUGAUCUAGCGAAAGCAGAGCGUCUACGCCAAAGGGUAGAUCAAGUCAACAAGCAAUGUGUCGAGCGUGGAAUAGGCGCUGCAAACUUAUACACAAACUUGGGACGAGGUGCGAGAGAAGGCUACGGUCUCACUGAAACCUUAUCAGGUCGAGACAGGACGUUUUGCAACCUGCCCGCAGCUGUCAAAGAAGGCAGAGACUUGUCCAUGCAGAAGAACCCCUGCCUCAAAUGGAUCAAAACAGUGAAUGAGAUGGCCAAGGACGAAACAAGUGCACACAUGAGCAUGUUCUACCCCAAGGACAACCCAGGAUUCUACACCCUGGGCCAAGCUUCGAAAGAGAUUAUCGCUAGCUGGAUUGACCAGAGUUGGUACAAAAGCAGCUCCGGAAAAGCUGACGAAGAAGAGUUAGACGAGACGAUAAAUUCAAGCUCGAUCGGGAGAGACUGGGAGGGUCUGGAUAAGACUGCUGGUCAAGAAGGGGAAGGGCUGCAGAUGCGUGAAGAAGAGCUUGAUGAUGGCAAGGAUCCUGAUACAGCCAUGCUUGAGGGUAGUAUCAUUGUUGAUAAAAGCCCCAGUGGCAGCACGAUAAUGGAGUCUAUGGCUGCGGAAGGGAAAGUGCCUUUGCCACAGAGCAAUACACGAGAACUUUGA